ACUCCUGCAGCCCAUUUACGUAGUACACCGGGCAUUUCGACAACAAUAUCUUAGACGCCAUUAAAUCUCGAUAUUUCACUGUGAGUUUUUACCGUUCGUCUCUCCUCACCACAUUUUCUGGACGCCGCUCUGUUUUUUUCCAUAAAUAAGUUUGUCGACCGUGCUUUCACUUUCGGUUGAUACUUGUAGGGUUAGAGACGCUGUGAAGUCCGCCACAUUAAUGCCAUCCAUUUUAUUUUAGGUUGGCUGAAAGUCUUAUGUUGUGAAAACUGGAUUUUUGCAUUAUCAGCCAGCUUUUAUUGCUGCUAUUUUUCCAGGCGUGUAGAGAUGGUCGAGUGGCUAGACCCUUAUGACAUGCUCAACUAUGAUUCAGUUGCCAAAACUAUGCGAAAGACGAUAACGACUGAGCCACAGUGCAGUUCCAGUAGUCAACAUGUGGAGGAUCUGCAGAGACAGAUCGGGAUGCUUGUUUUGAUACUGUUAGCCAUCACCUGCAUCCAGAAGACGUUUUCUGGUUCUCUAAUCGUUUGGACCUUGAAAUUCAUCAUGGUGCUGAUCGUUUACUUCCUUGUCAGUAUUCCUUGGAGUUGGUUAUGUCUGUACCAGGUUGCCUUCUUUGAGCAUCAAAACAUCAUCAGAGAAACUGUAAACCUCAAUGAAGAAUGUAAAGGAAUACAAGAAAUGGAUUGGACCGAUGGCUUGAAAGAGUGGUUCAGAACCAGCAGGCCUCUCCAUGACGACCCCUGUGAAGAUUACUAUGCUUUUUUUAGAACCAAUCCCCUCCGUCUUGUACGUCUAACCAAGGUAGUAGAAUUUACCUUCUGGAUUUUAAUGAAAGACCCACUAAGACACUUUGGGGAGGGUAUAAGUGAGCUUCAUCGAGCAAUCCUAAAAUAUCUGCCAGUUACCCUUCAGUUUCCAGUCUUCAUGAUCAUCAUGCUCAUCAUUUUGUGGUUCAUGAAUCAAAGUGUAGAGCCUGGCUCGCAACACUACACCAAGACACCAAUGAAUAAUCUGCAAGAUCUUCCUUCAGGAGUGAAGGAUGGUGAUCGGGUGUCUGCGUCUGACCAGGAUUGUGACCAAGCUGUUGAUAAAAGUCUUGUCGAUAAUGUGGGAAGUAGCAUCACUGCAGAGACACUGGGCUGUGUCGAACCUCAACUUAGAAAAAACAAAGAAAAUGUUGAGGCGAUUGAGAAUCUCUCUGUUAGUUCAAGGUUCACAAACCAGCAGAAGACACCUGAGAAGUCUGCUGCCAACACUGAUGAACCAGACAGCUUAUGCCCAGUCAACGUGAAUCCUUCACAGGCUAAUCUGGAGGACAAAGAAGACUUCAAGGAAGACGACACGUCCUCCAUGUCUCUAAGAAACUCUUUUAAGCUACCGACUUCUGUUGAGGAGACAAAUCCUAGUGGAUUAGACUCCAAAGCAAAGUUUGUUGUUCAGAAAUGAUCUCCAUUUAACUGCUUGACUCAUAUUUUGAUAGUAGAAUCGUCUUGCGAACAGUAAAGUGGCUCCUCUGUGAUAAGUUGAAUUUAGGUGCAUAAAGACACCUUGCUCUUUUAUCAAGAAUGUUUUAUUUUUCUUUAGAUACAAAGGAAAAUGUUCCCCGAUUCACAAGACUUAAUGUUACCUCUGUGAUUACUACUAGCUGUAUUACAUUUACAAGAAAAGACUUUUGAAGAAACAAUUGAGCAAUAAACAAAAAAUGUUUAAAUAAUCAAAAUAAAUUAAUCUCAGUAUUUUUAUUUUUAAGAGAAAAUAAUGUAUUUUUUGUUGUGAGUAAUGAGUCUAUAACACUCAUUUAUUGCACAACUCAUACAUCCAGAAACACUUACAUGGUAGACAUUUAGGACUAUAAAGAGAGUUAGAAAGUUACAAAUGUUAUUUUACAAAGAUUUAAAAAAAAUACUUUAUGCUGAGGAUGUUAAUCAGUGAUUCAGCUAGAUUUUACAUUUUAGUGUUGUUUGUGGUUCACUGGUUCUCUGUGAUUUUGUUUUCUUUAAGAAGUGGACAUUUAUACAACGAGAUGAAAAUAUUUUUCUGUGAAAAAUGACUUUGAAUGUGUAUUUUUGUCCGUACUAAAACAACCAGAAUUAUCUGGUUGCCUGGAAGUUUGUUUUGCUGUUCAUCAUCAGGCAAAAUUCAGAAAUUGGUGAGGCUUUUCAGCUAUGGUUGACAGACGUUUUAUUACAGUGUAUCUAGAGCAAUCUUGGUCUUCUUCUGCUGAAAUAGACCUGAAAUGUGAAAUUCUGCAUUAUUGUUAUUUUAGCCCAUGUAAUACUUUAGUAUUAUUUAGUAUUAUUAGUAUUAGUAUUUAGUACAGUUUUGAGGGUUUUGUUAAUUAACUGGAGUUAUUGUGGUAGUAAUUAAAGCUUAAGUUAUGCUUCUACCUCAGCAAAGCAUUGCCAUGUAUAGAAAUUGUGUAAAAUAAA